AGGGGUAGGGUUUGUAGAAUUUUGUGGAAGAAAAUGGGUAAAGAUGAGCGGCGGAAGAAGAAGGAGGGGAGGAGAGGAGCACAUCAGGCGGCGGCGGAGGAACAAACAGAAGACGAGGAAGAACAACGGCUCCGACCCCGCUCACGCUCACGCCCACGCCACUCCGACCGCAACAAUAAGCACAAACUUAAGCUGGUUCUCAAACUCACACGCUCAUAUCCUUCUUCUUCACUCCAGCGCACUAACUCCUCUUCUUCUUCCCUGGCCGCUAGGGGAGAAGCAGAUGCAGAAGGAGAAGUAGAAGCAGAAGGAUCUGCAGGGCCACUGGAGGGGGAGUCUUCUGGUACAUCAGGAGAAACGGAUGGUGAUGGCAACGUGGCGCAGCGGCUUCCGCCCGCCCUUCAGUCCAUCUCAGGGCCUUCUUCUUCCUUGGAGGAGGACGAUGCCUCUGGUGAUGGUGAUGAUGAUGAGGACGAGGAUGACGACGACGAUAAUGAUAAUGAUAAUGAUGAUGAGGAUGAUGAUAAUGAGGAGAAGCCGCUUAAGAAGCGGAAGCUCAAUGCGGUGCCCGCCCGCACCUCCGUUAAUGGAUCCCGGAUGUCUCCGGAAGCCGUUGCCCUGCGGAGGACUUCUCGUAAGGCAGAAAAGCAAAACCAAAGUCUUGAAGUAACAGAAUCAGUUCCAGGUGCGUCAUUGGAUCCAGGAUCAAGGACGCCUAUGCCAGAGAAGAAAUUGGUCGAGUUCAUCCUUGAUAAGCUUCAAAAAAAAGAUACCUAUGGUGUGUUUUCUGAACCUGUUGACCCAGAAGAGCUUCCAGAUUAUCGUGAAGUCAUAAAACAUCCUAUGGAUUUUGGCACAAUCCGGAAGAAGCUUGCUAAGGGAGACUAUGCCUGCUUGGAAGAAUUUGAGAAGGACGUCUCUUUGAUAUGUACCAAUGCAAUGCAUUAUAAUGCAUCAAUUACUAUCUAUUACAAACAGGCACGUGCAAUACAGGAGCUAGCAAAGAAAAAAUUCGAGAGCAUUAGGCUUGAUCCAGAACGGAUUGAAGCAGAAUUUAAUCUUGCUUCAAAAACGAAACCUGGAUAUUCUUAUAAAAAAUCUCGAAAGCCAGGGCAUGGAAGAUUUCAGUUUGAACCUGCUAGUUCUGAUUUUUCCUCCGGGGCAACGCUGGCUACAUUUGGAGACCAUUCAAAUUGGUCUAAUGCAUCUCUGCAAGACUCUUCUAGGUUACGAAGGGCUGCGACAGCUGAAAGGCCUGGAAGUGCAGAUGGUCUUGGUUCCUUGAGUGAAACCAAAGCUGAGAAAUUAGAAGACCUUCAAGUAUUUGUUGCAGGUUCAACACACAAGGCAGUGGCUUGGAGAAAUGGGAGAAGGUCUCUGCAGCUGGAUGAAAAUCGCCGGGCAACAUACAAACCAUAUAACCAAGUGGAUAAUGGAAAUGAUGCAAUAUUUGCCAUGCUGGAUGGGGAGCCAAAGCAGCUAGUCCCUAUUGGACUUCGGUCAGAGUAUCCUUAUGCAAAGAGUCUUGCUUGGUUUGUUUCAAAUGCUGGACCAAUAGCAUGGAAAAUCGCAGCUCAGAAAAUUCAGAGAGCUCUUCCCUCAGGUGUUCCAUUUGGACCUGGAUGGGUUGGUGAACAUGAAUCUCCCUCGCUUUAUCUAUCAUCACAGGGGAGAUCUGCAGUAUUGUCAGGCACUUCUGCUGCGAUGCCGAAUGUUGUUGGCCAAAGCAAGGUGAAGUCAAAUACCUGUGCUGAUACUCCCAUGAUAAGAGUUGGAGAGCUUCCGAAGAACUUGAUUUCAGAGUGCAGGUCUGUUCCAUUAACUACUCAACCAUCCUUAGUGAAACAAUCGGUUUCCAAUCCCACUGCAUGUCAACGUCCAGAUAAUUGCCGUUCUAGUUCCAAUAGUGUGUCUGAUGUGAACAAAAAUGCUGGAGUGAAUGCUGCUAGUGAUAUGAAGGUUACAAUGCCUUCCCAUGAAGUAAAACAUGGGCUAGUAAAGGCAAUUCUGCCAGUUGCCACAUCAAAUGACCUAUCCCUUUCAAAUACCAAGUUUGGUUCAGAAGUAACUCAGUCCAGGUUGCUGGAAAUGGUCUCGAGAAACAACACACAUAUGCAUGGGCUUUCUCUAAAACAGGUUGAUGGUUCAAGUCCUGCAAAUAAUUUUCAGGUAAAGCAAUCUGAAAGCAUGAUACGUGACGGUGAUGGUCGUGGUCUUGGUAAAGAAGCAAGUGAUGCAUUGAAGCAUGCAUGUGGUCCCGCUGAGACAAAUGCUGGUAUGACCAGACCAAAUACUUCCCUUCAUGAUUAUCAAGCUGGAUGUGGAGCUUUUCAGGCUCCUCAAGCAACAAACAGUCAAGGGAAUAACAUUCAGAAAUCAAUUAGUUUAGACAAUUUUAUGCCUAGCAAGAUGCUAGUUAUGCAUCAGAGAGGUUCCAAUAUGUCUGCAAAUGCUCCAGUUUUUGUGAACUCUCCACUUCUGUCAACAGGACCAUCAAUAAAGCGAGAUGAUCCAACAGUGCAAGCAUGGAUGCAAUCUCAAAAUGCACAUUUAACUGAUGUAGAUGCAACUUCUAGAAACAAAGUGCAGGUUGCAACAAACUCAUAUAUUGAGCAGCAUGAGUCCCAAGCAAGGAAAUUUUCUGCCAUUGCUCGUCUUAUGCCAAAAGAGAUGCAAUUAGAUAUGGCACGGCAUGCAUUGCCACAGUUUAGCCGGUUCCAUUCUCAGAAUUCUGCAAAGUUAUCUAAUAAUAAUCCAGUAUCAUGCCCAACAGUUGAAUCUCAGGGUCCAAAAGCAGUAAACCCUUCUUAUGUGCAGAUACCUAUGGGAAUUGAAUCAUCCAAGUCUCAAAUGCACUCAUGGAGAGGUCUACCUUCACAAUUUCUUCCAGAGCAAUCAUCAGAUUUGUCAUCCUCAAAACCACCUGACUUGAAUGUAGGACUUCAGAAACCAAAGUCUCCAGCUCGGCAGUCUUCUGGAAUGUUGACUGAUUCCCAACAGCCUGAUUUAGCUCUUCAGCUUUGAUUAACGUUAAUGGAUUAUUGGAUUUACUCAUUGUAAGCAUAUCAAAUACAGACCCAAACUUCAUUCAAAUAUCUGUUGAAGUUGGAACGAGUUGUACAAAUCUGUACCAAUUUCAUGGUCACAUGAAGCGGGUUUCCAUGUACUAUUAAAUUUUAAUAUUUUAUUCAUGUACUAACUUAAAAUUAGAUUGUAAUUGAUUCUGUAAAACGAUACUUUUAACGGUUCCAAGAGUUGUGUAGCUUUCUUCUCAGAAUGCUGAAUCAUUUUAUGCGCAGAAGGUCCAAGAUAUAUAUGCGCAUUGAGAGCAGACUUCUGGAUUUUAUUGUCCGACAUUGGAGGUGAAUGUUUCAGUAAGUCGUCUUAAUUUUUACAAAGGCUGGAAUUACAGAACAUUACUCCUACUUCUCGUUUAAUGGUUUUUAUGGAUUUGGCACAAUGCUCCACUUCCAUAUUUUGUAGUUU